AUGGCUAACCAGUUCAAUACAAUUGAAUUUCUUGAGGAGUACCAAAGGUACCCUUGUUUGUGGGACAAAAGCAUGCCUGAUUAUAGUAAUCGCAUAAAAAGAGACCAUGCUGAAGAACAGUUGUUGAAAAUCACAAGUUCCAUAAACAAUGUCAAAGAGUUAAGACAAAAAAUAAGAAAUAUAAGAUGUACUUAUAAUCAAGAGGUUGCCAAGAUUAAAUCAUCAAUGAGGACAGGUUCAGGGUCGAGUACAGUGUAUAAACCUAAAUUGGCCUGGUUUUCAUAUGCAGAUAGUUUUUUAAAAAAAACUUCAGAUAUUGUUAAUAAAUCGGACACUAAUUUGGUAUUAAAUGAUAAAAGUGUUGAUUUAACAUCUGUGGAUAAUGAUGAUUCUCAAAUACUACAAGUAGAAGCACAGUUUGAUAAAGAUGCUGGGUUAAAAGCUAAUGAUGAUGAUGAUAACUUUAAAGCACCUACAUGUACACCAAGGAAGUCAAAAAAAAAUAUUUUUAAAAAAACUAAAAUUGAUAACACGUUGGACAAUGCUGUAGAAACCCUGAAAUAUGUUUGUAAAAAACAAACAAUGGAAAAUGAAUUUACAGUUUUUGCGAAACAUAUAGCAACUCAACUGGAACAACUUCCUUUAAAAGAGGCUCUCAUGGCACAAUCAGAUAUCCAGAAUAUUUUGACAAGAGCUCGCAUUAGUUCAAUGAAUGAGACAAAUGGGUCCACAAACCCAAUUGUAAUGACAGCUAAAAAUACAACUGAGGUACAAUUCAUACCUUCCCCAUCUGAUAAUAGCAAUUCAAAUAUCUCAUAUUCAAGUAAUGAUUCUACAAAUGAUGAAUUUGAUGCAUCAUACUCUGAUUGUUUUACAACUUUAGAACCACCAGAACCACAUCAAAUACAGCAGGUAAAAAACUACAAAUGGAUGAUGCUGAGACUCUGUACAGAUAUUGAAGUGAUUUGUAGGAAUCUCCUGUAG